AUGCGAAGUCCUUCCCUCGAUCUUCCCACCAGCGUAGAGCGAAGCUGGCCUGGGAAUAAUUGGCCCGAGUACAAAGGGGAGGCAACACGCACUAUUCCGGAAGAGUGUGAGAGACUUUUCUGCGACAAACUGUUCACGACAUUCCUUGGUGAGGGGACUGCCAUGACACAGGAGUCGCUAGGAAUGGGUGUGUUCCAAAAUAUUCAGGCGAAUGACAUGAGGCCUAUCCAUGAUCGAAUCCGCCGUUGGAUUGAAGUGUGGGAUUACACUAGUGAUGCCAUCUACCGUGGGUUUGUGGCAGAUGUAGACGGAGAGCAGACCCUCUUUGUAUUCCUCGAAGAUGGUGCACUUGAUCAUGGUUUGAAAUCUGGAUUGAUAGCCCUCUUCGAACUGGCGGGAAUGGAUGCGUUUGACUGUUCUCAAAUCGUUGCCUGUGUCAAGCGUUCCCAACAGACCAACGAAAUGGAGCUUGUCCGGAGCCUUGGAUGGUGUGGAUUCAGUCUGACUACGCUAGGGCCAUGGGCCACAAGCGGGGACUUGGGCCCAUCGCUGAGCACUAAAUGGCUAUUCUUAGUCGCUGAAAUCUAG